AUGGCUCAAAACAAUUCAUCCAUAUUAUAUGAUGUUAGUACAUGUCUUCGCGAUGCUAUGGAUAGUAUGUUCAAUAAUGGUCAUAAUAUAAUCAUAUCAAAUGAUAAUGACAAGAAUUUUGACAUAUCUAACAAUGAUGAACUUUCACCAACAAAUACUUUAAAGUUAAUGAUGAAUAAAAGAAAACUAGAUUCACCUGUUAUUAUUAAUGAUGUAGAAAAAUGUCAAGACAAUGGACAUGAUUAUGUUAAACGCAUGUGUACAAUGAAUGAUAAUCAACAAUAUAAACAAAAAGAAUGA